AUGGUGCUCUUCCUAUCCGUGUACUGGGUCAUUGGCUUCUAUAGUUGCACAUUUCAGAAGUUGAAGAUGAAGGAAAGAGAGGCACCAUCAAUGCGUUAUGGGCUCUGUGAACUGUUCAACCUGGCCAAAGAGGCGUCGAAACUCAUGAUCAUCUGGUGUCCAACGAGAAGGUUCUACCUUGGAUGA